AGACUUACCGGAAAAUGAUGAUGAAUGCACCGCGGCAGCCAUUGCUACGAUAAAGUUGUAUUGUCUGCAAGAUUCUUACUGGAAUAUCUAGACCUCAUGUAACGGAUCGGCGACAAAAGCAGCAGUGUUUAACUGCGGUCAAUGGUUGCUUAAAACCCACACAGUGCUUUGUAUUUGCUUUUCCGCGAAAUUGAGUUUUGUCUUGUUUUCAUUGUCAUUUUAGCUACAGUGAACUAACAACAAUCAAAACCGUGAGUCGUGACCAAAUUUAACCAAAAUCAAAACUAAUCAUGGAUGAUAGUCGCAUGAUGCACCCUAGUGGUAAUAUGAACAAUAACACCGCUGGAAUGAACAUGAAUCAGGGAUAUAAUAUGGGACAAGGGCACGAUGAGCCGAACGAUCAAAGAAAACAAGAGAUUGGGGACAUUUUACAGCAGAUAAUGACCAUCACGGACCAGAGCUUGGAUGAGGCACAAGCAAGGUCCUGGAAACACACAUUAAACUGUCAUCGAAUGAAGCCAGCCCUUUUCAGUGUUCUGUGUGAAAUCAAAGAAAAAACAGUAUUAAGCAUCAGAAACUCACAAGAAGAUGAGCCCCCAGAUCCUCAGCUCAUGCGUCUAGAUAACAUGCUGAUCGCUGAGGGGGUAGCGGGCCCAGAGAAAGGGGGCGGGUCUUCGGCAGCCGCGAACGCCACUGCGGCAGCAUCGGGCGGACAACCCGACAGCGCAAUUGAGCAUUCAGACUACCGCGCAAAAUUGGCACAAAUUCGACAGAUAUAUCACACAGAGUUGGAAAAAUAUGAACAGCCGGAUUCGGAGGGGAACGAUCUUCAAAAUAAUGAUUACCAGGCGAAACUUGCACGGAUACGCGGCAUAUACCAGACUGAAAUGGCUAAAUAUGACCAGGCUUGCAGCGAGUUCACGACACACGUUGUUAACCUGCUUCGAGAGCAGAGCAGAACGCGCCCUAUUGCUCCAAAAGAGAUCGAGCGUAUGGUCAGCAUAAUACGGAAAAAGUUUGCUGCGAUUGAAAUGCAGUUGAAACAGAGUACCUGCGAGGCUGUUAUGAUUCUACGAUCUCGAUUUUUGGACGCCAGGAGAAAGAGACGCAAUUUUAGUAAACAAGCAAUAGAAAUGUUAAACGAUUACUUCUACUCGCAUCUGAGUAAUCCAUAUCCUAGCGAAGAGGCAAAAGAGGAAUUGGCGAGAAAAAGUAAUAUCACAGUGUCGCAGGUUUCAAACUGGUUUGGAAACAAGAGAAUUCGAUACAAGAAAAAUAUCGGCAAAGCACAAGAAGAGGCAAACUUAUAUGCUGCAAAAACCGCGGCUGCUGCGGCGCAACACGAUUUUGGUGACGGAGAUUCAGAUGACUCGUCGACGGUCGGAGGUUUCAAAAACAGCUCGUUUCUACCUCCAGCCGCCUCCGGUUAUAACAUGACCUCAGGUGGUCUGCCGGGCCAGGGCGGCGGCAUGUAUAUGGGCAUGAAUGGCGAUAGUUACACGAGUGGUGGGGAUACUUCCGAAAUUGCCACUAAAUCAGAAGCAGCCGACAGUGAUGAUGGGUUUGGUUCCCCUACCUAUCCACCCCAGCCAAGGCAGGGUACCAACCAUCAGGGAAUUUGGUUCCCUGGAGUGUAGAAAUGGUUUUGACACCACUGGUUUCCAGCUCGUUGUAUAGAUUAUUAGAUGUAGAGAGAGCCACAAAGUUCAAAAACAAACCCCUUUUUUUCUCUGAGAGCAUGUGAAUGCGUGAAUUUGUAUGCAUGACAACCAUUGCCAUGACAACAGGACAGCAUGACAACGCAACCAGUAACCAUGGAAACGAAACCCUGCAUGAUGUAUUUCCACAGUGGUGGAAACUGGAUAUUUGAAGACUGAAUUAACUUUUAUUAUGUCAUGAUGGUGUUCAGAACUCUUUAUUUAAUCAAAUGCUUUUGCACAAUCUAAAAAUCAUGGAAUUAUUUUUGCUAAAGAAAUCAUGGAAUUAUUUUAUCAGAAGUAAUCAUGUACUUAAGAAAAUAAUGAAUUAUUUUAUAAGAAAUCUUGGGAGUAAUUUUUGCUUUAAGAAUUCAUGGAACUAUUUUAUCAGAAGAAAUCAUGGAAUUAUUUGCUUUAAGAAUUCAUGGAAUUAUUCUAUCAAAAGUAAUCAUGGAAUUAUUUUUGCCUUAAGAAUUCAUUGAAUUAUUUUAUCAGAAGAAAUUUUUAUUUUUUUUGCUUGAAAAAUCAUAGACCAAUUUUUGUAUCAAUGUCAUUCAGGGGAAUUUUUGUGUAAAGUAAUUUUAUUGGCCAUAUUUUUGUCAAACCAUUUUAGUUAUGUUUCAUCCAAAUUUGUUAAUAUUCUUAUGCACGGGCCUAAAUGAAAAUAACAGAUCUGAAUUCGGAGAACAGUUCAGUGAUGUUUUGUAUAAAAAAAAUACAAUCAUUAAACUUUUUAUAUUAAAAAGUGCUAUAUUAUUUGAUGCAUGAAAUUUUUACCAAUUUGUUAUUUUUAUUCACCAGUUAGGCAUAUCACUCUAAACUUCGUUCCUCUUUCCCCCUUUCAAAAAAUGCAUUUUUUUAACAUAAAAAAUAGCAUGAAUUAAGCUUAAGCUAACAGCAUCUUGUUUUGUUAAGUGUUACGAUAUUUUUUGAAAACCAAUAACUUUAUUGAAGCAUGGUUAUUAUAACACACAAAUAUAUCUUUGCCUCAAAAUGAUUAAUGAACACUAAGGCCACCCUAAAUAAAUAUUUUGUUUAGUGAACCCGACCACCUCACAAAUAUUUCGUCCUGUUUCUCAAUUUUAUUUAGCCAUACCAGUAUUUUUUUUCUUUUUUAAUUUAAUUUUAAUACAGAAUGAAUGGGUUAGGAGGAAAAUAACAAUCCUACCUGGUAUCCUACCCAAUGCUCUAGGUGGUCGGGUAAUAUUAAACAAAUUAUUCAUUUAUGGUGGUCUAAUCGGAAAAAAAUAAUUUUUUACUUCAGCCCUAAAGAACAUGGACAACUGGAUUUUGACCAGAAAAAUCAAAGCAUUAUUUUUGGCUAUAAACAAUGUCAAUACUUCAACACGAAGCUGUUCUAUGGCUUCAAUUUUUGUGUUCUUAGUUUUUUGCUUUACGGUAUGAAUUUUAUAUGUGAAAUAUUUUUUAAGCAAUUUAGGCAUUUUUGUGUAAUUUUCAUACAUGGAUUUUUUUUUGUGUUUAAUUUUUGGAAGUAAAACUGUAUUCUGCAUUUCAUAUUUAUAAACUGAGAAUGAUUUGUUCAAUGAGAUGAGUUUAGGUUGUGAAAUGAUGUAUUUUUAGAUUGAAAUAUUUAUUAUAAUGACGAGACAGUUUGAUUUCAAAGAUUUGUCUGAGAAGAAAUAGUCAGUCAGUGGGUGUAAUAAAUGCAUAAUAAGUUCUCUAAUAUCAUAAAUAAUCUGAUCGUUAUAGUCCAAAUUGUUUGAAUUGUCUAAGCAUUUGUGAAAGAAUUUUUCUAAAUAGUCCUACAAUACAUAUAUUGCAGAUAGUAUUAAAAUUAUCUGAAACUCUGCAUAUAUUUUUCUCAACUUUUUUGAUGUCAGAUAUUUUUUUAUAUAUAGUUUCAUUUUAUAAACAGAAGUGGAAUACCAUAGCGAUAAUUUAGGGGCUUGUUUUAUUUUUAAGUUAAAACAAUUGAAUGAUUCAAAUUCUUUGGACUAUGUUAUUGAUACUUUUUACAACAGUCAGAAUAAUGUCAUGCAAUGCUUUUAAUUUUCAAAGUGCUGAUAAAACUUCAUUGUUUAUCGACUUUUAAACAUGAAAUAUAAAUAAAAUAAAUUUGAACAAUUUAUAAAGCAUAAAUCUGAAUUUUAAAAAAAUGAAGAAAAAAAUCCAAUUUUUCUAGAUUUUUUUUUUGGUGUCAAAUGUUUGUAUGAAAGCUUAUUUUUCUUUAUCAUAUCUCUUUUUUAUGUGAAAAAAAUCACCUUGUUUUUAGGCUUAAAUGUCCUGUUUUAUGUCGUACUUGUGCAAAAAAAAUAUUGAUCAUUCAUCAGUACAGUAAGCUGGUAAGUGGAUAUGUUUUUUUAUCCACUUAAUUGGUUAUUUCUGUGAAGCUUCUGCGAGUCAUAUAUAUUAAUUUGUUGUUGUAGGGUGGUUUAAGUUAUAUUUGAAAACACCAAUAGAUUCGUUUGUUAUAUGACCCUCGGUCGGUAUUCCUAAAACAUCUUGAGUCAUUUCUUAACUUAAGUUUUUCAUAGCCAAAUUAUAAAAAAAUUAUGUGUUGUUGUUUUUUUACAUAAAAUUAUGUAUUUGUAACCAAAUCAAUGAAAGUAUUUCAGAUAUUAUGAAGCGAUUAAAUCAUAUGAUUAGUGAUUUCCUAACUUAAGUAAAUUUUUUAUAUAUCUUUUUAUUUAUUCUCAAUUUAAAAGAACAUAUUUUUACAUAGAAAGUAUAUAUGAAUAUUUUACUCUUGGAAUUUAUCAUCCAAAUAUAUUCUUAAUUGCAAAAAUAUGAAAAAAAAUUUGGACCGAUUUUUACCAAUUUUCUGUAAAUGAAAUCGGUCCGGCAAGGUCAAAAUCGGUACAUGGUAAAUUGUCGGUUUUUAGAGGACCUGAUCAUAUGACCUGUAAGAUACUUAAAUUAGGAAAAUGACUUAAGUUAGUUAAAUGACUUAAGGUGUUUUAUGAAUACAAGCAGUAAGGUUGAAACAUUUGAUUUUUAGAUCUGUUUACCUGUAUAUAGCUUGUGUUUUAAUUUGGUUGUGUUGAAAAAACAGUUGUGAGAAUAGGUGUAGUUUAAAUUGCCAUGAUUUCUGAUUUGAGAACUUUGGUUUCUUUUUUUGACCAAAAUGUAACUGUUUUUAAAAGGAUCAAAAGGAUUUUUAAUUAUUAUUUUUGUUAAAAGUUUGUAUUUUUACUGAAAAAUAACUGAAAAAAAAAAUGCAGAUGUAUUUAAUAUAUGCAUUUGGAGAUAAUUUUAGUUUUAUUUUGCGAGUAAAAUAUAAAAAUCGAUUACAAGUUAGAAGUUCAGUCAUAUGCUUUGGUGAAAUAAAAAAACAUUUUUAGCAGCGUUUUUUUGUUUGUUUUUAACAUAAGUUUACAAUUUGGAACGAGAAAUGUACUGUUUAGUCAUGUUAAUUUUUAAACUACCUUCAAAUGUUAAAGAUAAAAACAUGAAUUCAUAUCUAUCAAUGAACUUGUGCUUGUUUUUCAAGUGUGUGUGUAUACCAAGUUAUAAAUUACGUCAUAAAUGCUUCGUUGGAAGGCAGCUUUUUGCUUUGAGUGAAGACUUGAAACAAAGAUAACUUUACUAUUACUUCACCAUCUUAACUGAAACAUAGCGCAGUCAUCUUUGUUUUAAGGCCUCAUUUGAUGCAAAAUUUUGCCUUCCAACACAGCAUUUAAGACAUAAUUUAUCAGGUGCUAUACACACACUGUUUUCAUUGAGUGUUAAUUUUUUGUUGAAAUUCUGUAAAUAUUCUUGUAUCUUUGUGUUUUUUUGGUGCUACUGUAAUCUGUUUGGUUUCUUUUUUUCUUCACGCGCAUUGCUUAAUUUUUUCCUUAUUUCUUUUCUUAAUUUGAAAGAUAAUAUUUCAUUGUAUUCAAAGAAUUUCUAUUAGAGACAAAAAUUCAUUAUAAGAAAGUUGAAAAUGUUCUAGACUUUUUCAUUUUAGUAAAGAUUUUUUUUGAAAAGACGAUACUUUUUAUGAUUAUUUUUUUUUAUUUUUGUUAACAUUUUUUCAUUCUUUUUGGUAUUUUUACAUUUGUGUUUAUCGUUUUUGAAAGACAACUCAAAAAACGACUCGAAGAUAAUUUGCUCUGACUUCUCUUAUGAGUUCCAAGUGUUACAUUAUUUCCGCAAUGACGUGUUUUUUUUAAAAUCAAGCAGAAUUUUGUUUUAUGUUAUUUUCGUAAACUCUGAAUCCUUAUUCCAGAUCUGAACUAAAGAAUCUCUUUCACAUUUGUCCUUUGUGUAGAUUUUGUCUCUCAUUGCAUCUUUUGCAGUCUUGAAAAAAUUUAACUCCACUCAACUCAACUAUGUUUAUUAUUAUUUCCAGUUUGAAAAAAACAACCUUUUAAAUUUAUCCAAACAUUUCACUUCUUCUGAGACUAUAAGAGAAUGAUCUCUAAUAUUAGAUGCCAUAAUUUUCUAAAAAAAAAUGUAAUACGAGGGUCGCUCAAAUAUUUUGCAGAAUUUUAAUAUUUAAAAAGAAAUGUUGUUGAUAAUGUUUGUAAAUUUGUUUAAAUAAAGUUCAAUAUAAUCUACAAUCUACAUUGAUAUUCAUUUGUACAAAUUUACAAACAUUAUUAGCAACAAUUGUUCUUUUUAUAUUAAAAUUAUGCAAACUUUAGGAACGACCCUCGUUCAUAUAUUAUUUUUGUAAGUUCAAGUCAUCUACAACAGCUUUCACAGAACGCGUUAUUUCUCUUGCGUAAUUGGGUCAUUUCAAAUGACUAGUCAUGGUUUUGUGUGCCAUAAGAUUUAUUAAUGUACGUUAGAAUCGGAAUGGUUAAAAAUCGCUCUUAGAUACAUCAUACAUGCAUUUUCUCACUUAUAAAGGAAAUUAAUGACAUUUUGUGCCAAUCUUUCCUUUGCCGUAGCAUUUGAAAGGAAAAUAUUAAAUGUUUUAUUGUAGUCAAUUGUGUUCAACAAUGAUAUAAAUAGUUACAUUCUUUUUCAUACUACAAAUUAAGUAUUUAAAAAAAAAAUGUUAUUCAAAAUUCAAAUCAACAUUGAAUACAGCAACUUGUAUUCCUUAAAACAAAAAUAUUUUUGAAUUCAAUAUAAGUUUAGUUUGAAAUUUGUUCUGUUUAGGAUUUAACGAAACAAAAAUAGUUACAAACAUGCCGAUGUCGCAAUAAUUGAUUGCUUUAAUUAAGCUCAGAUGUGCUUCCAUAUUUUUAUGCGUGUUGCCUCGAAAAUACUCUUCUACUUACUGUAGCUAUAGAAACCGAAUUUAUUAAAAAGGAUAAAAUUUAUGAUAGUAUUACGCAAAAAAUAUUAAAUGGAUUUAAAGUUAAAAUUUGAGAAACCAAUAUUCUUCGUUAUAUUUAGGAUGAAUUUUUAAGAAUAAAGUUAUAAAAAAUUUAAUCACUUACAAAAAAAAUCAUCAUAUAACAUUUUCUCAAGUUGCUUAUCUUUGAUUUUUUUAUUAAAUGAUUUUUUUUACAACCAUUUAAACCAAAUUUCAUCAUUUUAUUCAAAGAUGAAUAUUUUAGCAUUAAGUUAUAAAAUUAUCCAUCACUUACAAAACAUCUUUAAUAAUUAAUACCACAAUUUCUUGAGUUGCUUUUCUUCGAUUUUUUUAUUGAUUUUUUUUCAACAAUCAUGAAUGUACAUUUUAUUUCAUAAAACAUGACAGGAAUGGCAGACAUUUUGUAUUAUUUUGGAUCAUAUAUUCUGUAGACUGAUGUUAUCAAUAUAUAUUGUGUCUAUGAUUUGGCUCUGAAAUUUUCAAAAUAAAUAAUAUGUAUGGUA